CCGUUCCGCACAUGGGUUGCCUCACCUCCCUCACACAGCCCCUCCCUCCCACCGGCCCAGCAGCCAGCCCAGGCUCACAGACUCUGGAAGCUCGAAGAUCAGUCUCAGAACGGCUUGGAGACAUCAGGGUCAAAGAUUUCCUCAUCCACAACUCCACCUGCCCGCGCGCAGGCCGGGUGGGAGGUCCCAAAGGCUCCGCCCCUGGACCAGAAAGCCCUCCCAGACACCUGCGGGAACUUUCCUCUUUUGUCCUCCGGGUGCUGGAGACCUGCUGGCAGAGGACAGCUACCGGGAUAGGAGUCUCCACUUUCCUGCAGCCCUUCUGCACCAUGAAAACCCAGCAGAAGCAUUGGCUGGAAGUAGCGAGCACCUACCACUACGUGCUAGUUUACCUCUUCCUGGGUCUUUUCGCAACCCUUCUUUUAUUCUGCCUCCUCUUCACAUCUCUCUGGCCAUUUUCUGUUCUCUACUUGGCAUGGCUCUUCCUAGACCGGAACACACCCAGCCAAGGUGGAAGGCGGUUUGAGUGGGUAAGGAACUGGACAAUUUGGAAACAUCUAGGAGAUUAUUAUCCUAUCAAGCUGGUGAAAACAGUAGAGCUGCCCCCUGACCGGAAUUAUGUGUUUGGCUCUCACCCACAUGGGAUCAUGUGCAUUGGAAGCAUCUGUAAUUUCGCCACGGAGGGCACCGGUUUCUCCCAGCUGUUUCCUGGGCUUCGGCCCUCAGUAGUUGCGCUGAACUUUCUCUUCCACCUCCCAUUCUAUCGUGACUACAUCACAUCCCUUGGAAUGUGUUCUGCAAACCGCCAGGCCCUGGACUUUAUUCUGUCACAGCCCCAGCUUGGGCAGGCCGUGAUCAUCAUGGUUGGGGGUGCCCAGGAGGCCCUGCAUGCAAUCCCAGGGGAGCAUCGCCUUGUUCUCCAGAAUCGCAAAGGCUUUGUGCACCUGGCACUGAGGCAUGGGGCCUCCCUGGUGCCUGUGUACUCCUUCGGGGAGAAUGAUAUCUUCAGACAUAAGGUUUUUGCCCAAGACUCCUGGCAGCACCUGUGCCAGAGCACCUUCAAGAAGUUCACGGGCUUUUCUCCUUGCAUCUUCUGGGGCCGCAGUCUCUUCUCUGCUAACUUUUGUGGCUUUCUGCCCUUCCCUAUGCCCAUCACCACUGUGGUGGGCCGCCCCAUCCCGGUGCCCCAGUGCCUUCACCCCACCGAUGAGGAAGUUGACCACUACCACAAGCUCUACAUGAAGGCUCUGCAGCAACUGUUUGAGGAACACAAGGAAAGCUGUGGUGUCCCUGCUUCUACUCACCUCACCAUCGAGUAGCCCUGGCCCUGCUCCUGCCCCACCUCCACGCCUGAGCUCCUUCCUGAUCUCAGUGCAAUGAGACCCCCCCAUCUACUGCCAUGUCUGAUCCUCCAAUAAAAGCUAGUUCUCUCCCACCACUACUUUGUAGGGUCAGCUGCUUUCAGGGCUGACAUUCUGGCUCUGGGAGUUAGCAU